AAAGCCGACGGCUUAAUCUGACACAUUCGUCGAAUUUCAAUCGAGACUGUCAUCCAUCAGACUGUUCCUAUUAUGCAGUGAUCAUGUCAGAUCCUCCAGUGAGCGCUACUGGUCCAAUCUUACAGCUAUCUUACAUGAAGCAGGUCUUAUUGGAUGUUCAAGUUCAAUGAAUUCUAUUUACCGUGAUCUCGUGAAGGUAUUAUGAUUAAUCUCACGUGGAAAUAAGAUAAUAUGUGCGUUCGCCAGUCAUGCAUCUCUUGCAGGCAGUGGCGUCAAGUCGGAAAGCGAAGACCCCCUUGGGGCAAUGAUACAUGUAUUCCGGUCCAAAAAGUUGCAGCAGAACAAACAAAGGAAAUAAAACACUCUUUCAGCUCUCGGUCUUUUGCACCCGCAGCAGAGAAAAGAGCGAUGGCAGCACCAGCCAGGAGACCGCUGAGGGGACCGGCAGUGGCCAGGGCGGCACCGUUGUCGGAUUCGGUGGGAGAGCCGGAGGCGCCGGUCUUCUUCGAGCCGUCGCUAGUCUUGGUGACACCCUCGGUCUUGGUGGGGGCGGCGGUGGUGGAAGAGCCGAGACCGGUGGAGGUGGGAACGGCACCCGUGGACUGCGAGACAGUGGGGAGAGAGAAGGCAAUGACGAGGGUGGUGGAGGCACGCAUGUUGAGAGUAGUGUGGAGGAUGAUUGGUGAUCGAAGAGAUUGGUUGCAGGUAAAGUUGCAGGCGAUCAACAGGUGAGAGAUAUCGGGAUGAAAAGGAAGAGAAAAGAGAAAGUGAAUCAGAGGACGGGGAGAGGCGCUUUAUAUGUAUAACAACAACAGGGGAGGGAAAGGGAAGAGCAAAUGACAGGUGCAGGGGAAGGUCUUUUUAUAGAAAAACGAGGUAGGGGGCCCAAUCCCGCAGGAACAGGUGCCAUCCAAUCUCCUCAUCCGCUCAUUUGCCUCAGCCCUGCUUCUGA